GUUGCCAGUUGCCACGGAUAAAAAGUGUUGCCCGUCGUAAAUUUUGUAAAGUCUAUUUUCGUUCUAAUGUCAAAAAGUGUAGUGCACAACAUUUAAUUGUAAUAAAAAGUGUUUUUCUACAAUUUAAGAGUGAUUUGGGACAAUUAGUGAUGCCGAAUGAGGCAAUGAUUACAAUUUUGGCAAGAUAAUGACUAUAUCUACGAUAGAGAGAGACCAAGUGGAGGUGGUGAACUUGCAGAUGGAGUUUCCCGAGGCUAAGUUAAAGGCUUUAGAGGAGAAGAUAUCUCAUCCUCGCUGGGUGGUUCCGGUACUGCCGGAACAGGAACUAGAAUGCCUCCUCAUUGCCGCCGCGGACCUCGCUGCUACAGGUCAAGAUGCCAACAACCUGGCCUGCCAGCGGUUCUACACAGACGCGCUCACACUCUCCUUCACCAAGAUCCUCACAGACGACGCGGUGUCGUCGUGGAAGUACAACAUCCAGCAGUGCGUGCGCUCCAACUGCGAGCGGCUGGUGCGCCUGUGCGCCGUCAAGCUGGAUGACCCGCGGUUUCUGCACCUGCUCGCUAUGGCGUUGAAUCCUAAUAACAAGUUCCACACAUUCAACGCAUCCCGUACUUGCGAGGGGCUGUCGCUCAGCUCCAACCCGCUGGCAAUAAGCCCCAGUCAGCCGCCCGCGCAGGAUGUAGAAGUAUUCGCCAGAUCUCAAGACCACCGAACACCCAGAGGAUGGCUCGUUCAUCUCAUUAAUGUAUUUGGGCAAGCGGGAGGUUUCGCAAAAAUAAGGGAGAGGUUCGACGAGAUCAUGGGGUUUCAGAAGCCGGACCUCACGGCGUCGGUGACCUCCGUCGACGAGAAGGUUAAGGUCGACAUCACAGACAAGGAGAAAGAACUAGAGAACGAAGAAGACAAGACUGUUGAGGAGCCGCCGAAGACUUUCACUGCUGACACUCCAGAGCCCACUAGCCUGGUGCGCAGCGAGCAGCCCUCAUCUCUCGAGCAGUCGACCACGGCGAGCGGCGAGUCGCGCGUCAACUCUGUGUGGCAGCUCAUCCGCCCGAUCGGGCUGUGCCACGAGCUGUUGACGCCGCACACUGUGACGACUUAUCUGCUGCCUGUGCUGGAAUGCAUCCCAACCCUACUCGAGAGCCUGACAGACGAGGAGUUAAAGCGCGAGGCGCGCGGCAGCGAGAACAAGACGGACACGGUGUCGUGCCUCAUCCGCGCCUGCAAGUGCGUGUCCGGCAAGACGCCGCAGCACCACAGCCUGCUCAAGUCGUUGGAAAUGUUUCGUCUGAAAAUGAUUUUGCGAUUAUUGCAAAUGUCGUCGUUCAACGGCAAGAUGUCUGCCCUGAACGAGAUCAACCAGCUCAUCAGCUCCAUCUCGCAGCAGCCCAAGCCGGAGUGGCUGACACCCGCCGUCAUUACGUCAUGGAUAAGAGAGAACAAAGUAGUCGACAUAGUACUACGCGACUCGCUCCACCAGCCCCAAUACGUCGACCGGCUAGAAAAGAUGCUGCGCUUCAUGAUCAAAGAGAACUCGCUCACUCGGGACGACCUCGACGCGCUGUGGAAGGCGCAACAGGGGAAGCACGAGGCCAUUGUGAAGAAUCUGCAUGAUCUACUGGCGAAACUGGCGUGGGACUUCACGCCGGAACAGCUGGACCACCUGUUUGACUGCUUCAAGGCAAGCUGGGCAACAUCAACAAAGAAACAAAGUGACAAACUGUUAGAAGUAAUUAGACGACUCGCUGAGGAUGAUAAGGACGGCGUUAUGGCAAAUAAGGUGUUAGUGUUAUUUUGGAAUUUAGCACAUUCAGACGAAGUAUGUACUGAGAUAAUGGACGUGGCGCUAGCGAAUUUAAUCAAAAUACUGGACUACAGUUGUAGUCAGGACAGGGAUGCACAGAAAACACACUGGUUGGAUAAAUGCGUAGAAGAGCUAAAAACAAACGAGAACUGGGUGAUACCGGCUUUAAAAAUGAUGCGCGAGAUCUGUUGCCUGUACGGCUACUGUUCCGAGGCGGGCGGCGGCGUGCGCGGCCACGUCACCAGGCGGGAGCUGAUCGAGCGGCUCCAGACGCAACAUUCGCUUGUGAUCCUCGUGACGGACUCGUUGGCACGGCACGCGGAUAGGGUGCGCGCUAAAUAUGCAGAGGAGGGCGAGAUCGCGUGGGACAGCUGGCUGCCGGACGGGCGCUACCCGCACUGCGCGCAGGUGCACGAGCGGCUCAGCUUCUUGAGGUUCCUGCUCAAGGACGGACAUCUGUGGCUGUGCGCCGAACAGGCGAAGCAGAUCUGGGUGUGUCUGGCGGAGCGGCCGGUGCACGCGGGCGACCGCGAGGCGUGCUUCCGCUGGUUCACCAAGCUGAUGGGCGAGGAGCCGGAUUUAGACCCCAACAUAAACCUGCAGUUCUUCAAGAAUAAUAUCAUGACGCUCCCGCCGGAGCUGCUGACUCAUGCCGGGAUCAAGUGCUUUGAGAGAUUCUUCAAAGCGGUAAACGCCAAGGAGGGCAAGCUGAAGGUGAAGCGGCGCAGCUUCCUGUUGAACGACGCGGAGCUGAUCGGGCUGGACUACCUGUGGCGCGUCGUCACCGAGUGCGACGACGACAUCUCCGCGCGGGGCAUCGAGCUGCUCAGAGAGGUGUGCACGUGCGUGGGCCCGCAGCUGUCGGCCGCGCAGCACCACGAGGCGUUCCUCACGCAGUGCUGCGCGCGCCUGCAGCGCAUGCAGCGCGACAUGGCGCAGCAGCCAGAUACAAGCGAAAGCUGCAUACGAAUGUGCAGAGUGAUACGUGCCAUACAAGAAUACGUGAACGAGUGCGACAGGCGGUUCUCGGCCGAGCGACAGAUCCUCCCGAUCUACCGCUCGGGCAGGGGGCGACAGUGCACCAUCAUAGUGAGGUUCAACUUCCAGACCGGCCAAAGACAAAUUGAUGACAUUGAGUUGUACUCACACGCCAACGAGACGCUGCACUCGCUGAGGGCUACCAUCCAAAGAAGGUUAAAGUGUGCACCAGAAAGCAACAUGAAGUUAGAGUUAUAUGUAAAUAAGUUAGAGCUGUAUGUAAAUGGAGAACUAUUGGACUCGAGUCACGAUCGGAAGAUUUUAUCACAGAUACCGCUGCGGGACAAGACUAUUAUUGUUGCUAAGGUGUACGACGGGCAGGUGUGCGGCAGCGGGGGCUGCGGCUCGUCCAACGACUCGAGCAGCGACUCCAGCACAUCGUCGCCGCCGCUGCCCGCCGCGCCCGAGCACGCGCUGCCCGGCGUGCUAUUCUCACAAGGGUCUUGGUACAUACCAUUCAUACUGGAGUUAGAGCACAUUGGGGUCACAAAAGGUCACAUACCCCUCACAGAGGCCUCACACCUGCUGUCCCAAAUAUGUCCAGCGCAUAAACAGACUGUGGAAAAACUAACAGAAGCGUUAUUAUGUAACGAAGACACAAAGCUACGAGACUUAUUAUACGGCCCAGCGCCCCCCACAGUGGCGUACAACGUUGAGGUCCUAUACAGCAUGGUGAUGCCGUCAUCAGACGCCAGGCUGGAGCGCAAUCGCAGCUUCCAACUUGCCUGCGUUAAGAAAGCACCGUUGUUGGUGCAGUGUCUCUCGGAUAAAGAGUUCUUACAAGGAGCCGCGGCACAUACGAGGAGGGUCGGAUACUUGGCCCUGGUGAGGCUGGCCAAGCUGGCACUGAACACUCUGGCUCACUUGUUUGAACUGCUAGCGCCGGAAGGAACGGAAAUUCCGGAAAAAGAUACGUGGAUGGACGUAUCGAUCCUGCGCGAGGCCCUCCAGUCCGUCCCGAGCCACAGCUGCGAGCUGGUGGUGAAGGCGGUGGCGGAGAAGCUCGCCAACACGCUCGCCGAGCAGGUGGUGAGCGGCAUGGAGGACAGCGACUCGGUGUCGUCGCUGGUGUGGUGGCGCGUGCCGACGUCCGCCACGGUGCGCGCGCUGUACGCGCUCGCGUACUCCGUGGCGCAGCCCGCCGAGCUGUGCGGCAUGCUGCACGUCGAUGACGUCACGCUGGUCCGCGAAUGCAUGGAGGUGGUGACGAUCUGCAUGGCGCUGGGCGGCGGGCGGCUGGACGCGCUGCUGCUCGAGCCCUGGUGGCAGGAGACCGCCUCCUACCUCAUGAUCGACUGUGUGCACGCUCAGAUCCGCGUCGCCUGCGCCGAGCAAGUCCUCUGCAUGUGCGCGUGGGGCGGCGGCGACGGCGCGCGCUGCGCCCUCGGCGCGCUGGGCGGGGCCGCGGGCGGCGCGCGGCUGCAGCGGCACGCCAGGCACGCCCAACAGUUCCUGCAACUAGUCUGCAGACUUGUCGCGAUAGCGGGGCCUACUCCCAGGACGCUGGAUGACUUGGCUACUGAGGUGGCGUGGCUGCGCAACGUGCGCGACAACCCGUCCACGCUGGACGACACUUUGCUGGAGGGACAUCUCAACCUCACGAAGGAGCUGUUCGCGCACGUGCCCGCGCACGUCAAGUACCAGUACGGCGCGCAUCCCGAUCACAAGGACUCGGGGCUAAUCAAGGAGAUACUAACGCAAUUCCUCUGGCCCUACUCCUGGGCGUGGUGCUCCGGAUGGGAGGCGGGCGCGCCGCUGGUCCGCUCGGCCGGCGCCGCCGCCGCCGCCUGCGAGCUGCUGGGCGCGCUGCUGCACCAGUGCCACGCCAACAUGCUGCACGCCGCCGCGCUGCUCACCGACAUGUUCUAUGGAGAACGCAGCACAACCCUCACGGAAUGGGAAUACAUGCCGUGCGUGGGCCCGCGCCCGCCGGCUGGCCUCGUGGGGCUCAAGAACGCGGGCGCCACCUGCUACAUGAACUCAGUAUUACAGCAGCUGUAUUGUGUGAGGGCUGUGAGGGAUAAGGCGCUUGUUGUGCAAGGAGCCGCAACCGAUCCCAAUGAAGAUUUCUCAGGAGAAGACCAUCACAUAAUGUCGGAAAAUAAUAUAGACAACAACACAGACUACAACAUCACGAUCCUGAAGCAAGUGCAGGCGAUAUUCGCGCACUUACACUACAGCAAGUUGCAAUACUACGUGCCGCGCGGGCUGUGGGCGCACUUCCGUCUGCAAGGCGAGCCGGUCAACUUGCGCGAGCAACAAGAUGCUGUGGAAUUCUUCAUGUCGUUGGUCGAGUCACUGGAUGAGGCGCUGAAGUCGCUGGGGCAGGAGCAGUUGAUGGCUAACACGAUGGGAGGGACGUAUUCCGAUCAGAAGAUUUGUAAAGGAUGCCCGCAUAGGUAUUGUAAAGAGGAGCCGUUCAGCGUGGUCUCGCUGGACAUCCGGAACAUGUCGCGGCUGCAGGAGUCGCUCGAGGCGUACGUGCGCGGGGAGCUGUUAGAAGGCGCCGACGCCUACCACUGUGAUAAGUGCAACAAAAAGGUUGUAACCGUAAAACGGUUAUGCCUAAACAAGCUGCCCCCGGUACUAGUCAUUCAGCUGAAGAGGUUCGAGUACGACUUUGAGAAAGUGUGUGCCAUAAAGUUUAACGACUAUUUCGAGUUCCCGCGGGAAUUGGACGUCGAACCUUACACAGCAUGGGGCCUAGCGAAGGCGGAGGGCGACGAGUCGCUAUGGGAGGGCGGCGAGGGCGCUCAGACCCCUGAGACCAACUACCAGCUGAGCGGCAUCGUGGUGCACUCGGGGCAGGCCUCGGGAGGGCAUUACUACUCUUAUGUGCUGCUCAGAGACAACGGCAGCGAGUCCGGGCGCUGGGUGAAGCUGGACGACGGCGACGUGUCGGAGUGCGCCAUGCACGACCCCGACGAGAUGAAGGCGCAGUGCUUCGGCGGCGAGUACAUGGGAGAGGUGUUCGACCCGAUGCUGAAGCGCGUCUCCCACAAGCGGCAGAAGCGGUGGUGGAACGCGUACAUGCUGUUCUACACGCGCACCGACACCAUCGAGACCAGCCUCACGCAGAGCAUGGGCAGCAUGACGCUCAAAGAAUCAAUGAUCCCGCGUCCGAUCUGGCAGUCGGUGCGGCGCAGCAACGUGUUGUUCUGCCACAACCAGGACCAGUUCAGCCUCGAGCACUUCAACCUCAUGAAGAAGAUGUGCUGCAUGCGCCUGCUGCUGCCGCCCGGCGAGCAGGCCGCCGUUUGGGGACCCGAACAAGAAGAGAUGUCGAUGGCGGCGGUACAGCUAGCAACAAAAUUCUUAUUCCAAGUCGGAUUCCGCACGAAAAAAACACUACGGGGCCCCGCCAGCGAUUGGUACGACAUCCUGUGCCAACACUUGAGGUGUUCCCAGGCCGUGCGCGCGUGGUUCGCGACAGAUCUCUUCAAACAUCCACACAGGUUGUGUGAUUUCCUGCUGUCAUGUCCGUCGGCGGAAGUGCGAUUAGUGUUCAUGAAGAUCAUUGUGUUUCUGGCGCACGUCUCAAUAAAUGACCCACCGGUCCCCAGCGGCUACGGCUCGUGGUGCUCCCGCGACGAGGCCCGUUCGCUCUCCGACCAGCUCCUCUGCUCCGCGCGCUCAUUGGCCGCGCCGCUGCUGCCCCCCGCGCCCCCCGCCGCGCCGCCGCCCCCCCUCGACGCGCACGCGCAGAGGCAUCUGCCGCUGCUAUUUAAUUUGUUCCACGCGUAUGCUGCGUUGGGGUUGAUGGAGAAGCAUCAGCUUAUACGGCUAAAAAUCCUCGAUAUCGUGCUAACGGUCGCAGUGGAUGAGUCGUCGUCGGCUAUCGGCAAAUACCAACAUCCUGAGUCAGCUAAAAUUCACCAGGUGGUGUCAGUGCUAGUGCGGUGCUGCGACGUGAGCUCGCGCUGCGCGGCGGCGGGCGCGGCGGAGGGCGUGCCCCCCCUCCCCAACCCGCACGCCGACCCCCCCGCCCCCGCCGCCGCCGCGCGCCCCGCGCUCACCCCGCUCGCGGCUGACAUACUGUAUAAUAGGACUGGCACAUACAUGAAGAAGCUGACCGAAGAGUGCUGCGGCUGCGACGAGGGCAUCCGCCUGCUGCAGUUCAUGUGCUGGGAGCACUCGGCAUGGUCGCGCGCCGCGCUGGCCGAGCUGCUGUGGCAGAUGGCGUACGCGUACUGCCACGAGCUGAGGCGGCAUUCGGAUGCCUUAGCGGCGCUGUUGUUGUUGGAUGACUCGUGGCAACACCAUCGCAUACAUAAUGCUAUCAAGGGCGUAUCCGAAGAGCGUCCAGGCCUGCUCGAAACCGCGGGUCGCGCGCGCGGGCACUACCAGAAGCGCGCGUACGCGUGCGUGAAGCUGGUGGUGGGCGUGCUGUCGCGGGUGCCGCACGCGCUGCACGCGCUGCACGCGCAGGGCGACGCGCGCCGCCGCUGGCGCCAGCUGCUGGCGUGGCUGCAGGACGAGCUGGAUCGCAAGUACGGUCCGGGCGGGUACUCGUACGGCACGUGGUCGCCGCCGGGCGCCUCCAACGAGACCUCCAGCGGGUACUUCCUCGAGCGGAGCAACUCCGCCAGGAAAACACUAGAGAAAGCGUACCAACUAUGUCCCGACGAGGACGAUGAAGAGGAAGAAACCCCUUCAUCAGAGCCUACAGGCGACACACCGGGCGAGGAGGUGGGCGACGCGGGGGAGGGGGGCGAGGGCGAGGGGGACAGCGGCGACGAGCCCGCGCAGCCCGCGCCCAACAUCGACCUCAUCAUCGACCAGAUACUCAAGGAGAAGGCCGACCCGGAACGACGCUCGCUAGCAUUCGUGGACUAGUAUUGAGCUCGCGGCGAGCGCGCUCGCUCCGGCCCGUAUGUUAUGUAGUGUCUAAGAGAACCGGACACUGGUCCACGUCUAGUCCGCUACAGGAGCCCCCUACUAUUAUACCUAUUUAUUAUCAUUUUAAUACCACCCCCACUUUUGUAAAUAUUAUGUUAAUAACAACGUUGAAAAUACUUAAAUUUUUAAAAGCUUCUUUUACCGGAUAAAUCUGUUAUAAUAAUGAUAAUGGCCCGCCCCGGGCCGAGUUCGAUCUAUGCUUAGCUGAUAGUUUUUUUUCUGUGAUGUUAACAAUAUAUUGUAUAAAAUUCUUUUACAAAGGCAUUUAUGAUUAAGUAUUGUAUUGGAUGUUUUGUUUGCCUCUGCUUAUUCGUGUCUAUAUCUGCUCCAGAGCAGCGGUUUGCGUUUUUUACUAACGGUUUGAGAUAUCAUUAAGUAACUAUGUGAUUGAAGACAGGAUGGUAAAUUAUAAAGUAGGUAUUUGUUUGAAUAAUAUUGAAUAUUUUAGAUUUUGUUCAUUAACUGUUACAUUUAGUGUCUUUAAACAUACAGUAUUUGAUGGUUCAAUUUAGAUUUUAUCUUAUAUAUUAUUCGAUUAUCAACCACUAUGUAUUCAAAAUAUGCAAUGUAAACGCAGUGAUCUCAUCAAAGAUAUCUCUGAAAAUGUACAAUAACGUAUUAUUUGCAUUGAUCGGUCAGCGCGGUCGCCAAACGGAUUCGCUGCGAUCAAUAGUGAUCAUGAAACGUAAAUGAUAUUCUGACUAUGUAAACGCGUUUUGUUUAAAUUGCAUUUGAAAUGUUAAUGUUCAGUUUUACACUUUUAAACAAAUAACGUUGUAUUGUUAGUCGGGUGCUAUGUGGUCGGUGAGGCGGCUAGGGUACGAAUAUCACCUUCACUUGUAAAUGUAAGAAAAAAAGUUUUUUAAAUUGACUAUGCCAAAAAAUACAACUAAAGUACGCCAUUAAAAAAUGAUUCUAGGUGUAAAUUUACAUAGGGCACAUUCUUUAGGCAUUGGUUAACCUAAUUUGACUUGUUUUGUUUAAAUUAUUAUAAAACCGAUUUGAUAAAAAUCUUAGUGAUUCUAAUGUAUUUUGACUGAAGCUAUUUUCUAUUUUGUAAAGUGUUCACACUCCUUUCUAGUAAUUAAAGUUAUAACGUCUGAAUAGUACCAAACAAAGGCUUUGCAUUCAUGUUUCAUUUCAGACACAGGAAGGUGACAUAAGACCGACGUUUUAAUUUAUUAUUAGUUUGGAAGUAGAUGAGCACGUUGCGUUGUUCGCUUUGCCCCAACACCGAGGUGACUCAAUACAUUUAUAUACUUAUAAGAGCCUUCUGCAUAUAUUGGACUUAAUUUAUAAGGAAGUGAAAUAUUUAUUGUGACAAAACUUAUUUACCAAACAUGUAUCUUAUUUUAGGUAUGUUUUGUUAAUAGUAAGGUAAAACAAAAUGUUCUGUUAAAGCUGCAACGCGUUCAUUUAUAGUUGAUGCGAAGUUAGGUUUUGUAGCGUGUAAGUUAGAGUCUAUAAUGGCGUGCGGUGUACACUGCAGUCAACAUUGCUAAAGUAUCCUUAAUUAUUAAGCUCUUAAAAUCACGCCGCUGAAUACAAGAGAAGGCCUAAAUGAGAGAUAUCUGCCGACAGACUAUCUUGGGAUACGCGUAUCUUAGUAGAUGUACUCUGAUGAAAGUACAUAAUCUGUUUUAGAACGUAGUUUACGUCACCGGCGUCAGUACUCUGUACAACUAACAUCAUCGCUUUACACGCAUCUUAAUUACUAAAUGUAUUAUCAUGAAAAUAUAUUUAGUUUUAAUAAUUUAAAUAUGUAGAUAUGAGUAGGAAUAAACGACUAGUCUAACAUGAAAAAUGUUGCCACGUGUCAAUAUCCAGCUUUGUAAUAUAUUUUAUUUAUUUUUUAUAACUCGAUAGUUUAAUUCGUUUCCUAACAUUAGUAGCUCAUAGCCGCGUUUUUAACACGAUAUUAAUUGGAAAGUAAGUUUAAACUUGACGGUUUUACAACUGAAUAGCAACAAAAUUUUACUUAUAGUUGUUUCAAAUGUAGUUAAUAUUUCUUAAAUUUGGUCGCGUCGACCUCGUGCCUUACUUUGUUUUUAUUCGCUCAAUGUAUGCAACCGCUCACCUGAUUAUUUUAUAAUUUGUUCAAUUAAAAUGCAAAUAUGAAAGCUGUGUCACCUGGGUAUCGCCCAAAUAUCGGCUUCGUCACUUCAAUAAGUAUCACUAUUGUAACAUCUCAAAGAUACUAAUUUGUUGUUUAGUUCAUACUACCAAAGAUGGAAUAAAACGGGGAUAGUCAAAUGACCCAUCCUCUAGCUAGUUUUUAAUAUGUUUUGUAUAAUAGUAAAACGCGAAAUUUAGAACUAUCUGUUGAAUGAAAAUGUGAUGGAACGUAGGCUUAGUUAGGCAAAAUAGUAACUAAAAACAUGUUUGCGAGAUUUAUUUGCUGCAACCAACACUGCUUCAGUUUUUACAAAUAAGAAACAGGUCUAUCAUAGACAACUAUUAGCUUUAGAAGCUGGUAGACCUGCUGCGCCAUAUAACUGCGUUGUUUCACAUCAGAUCGACUUAUUUAAUAAAUAAGUGAAUGUAAGCUUAAUUUGAUCCAUCACCAUUGACAGUAAGUUAUGAACCCACUGAAAACAUGUUUUGCUAGUUUGACUGAACGAUGUAAUUUAUUGUUAUAAGAUCAUUUCAGUUUUGUAUAACGUUUCUAUAAAAUAAAAGCAUGUAUGUAAUUAAAAGCAUUUGACAUUAUACAGGAAUGCUCGCAACAUUGCAUUCACACAGAUAUAAUAUUAAAAAUCAAGAAAUAAAAUUCACAAAAUUUUC